AUGUCCGCAAUCAAUUCCAAAGAUGUUCCUACCGUGCCCUCCACUGUCUCAGAGCAUACUUCUCUCGACGAGAAGCCACUGACGUUACAAACUCAAGAUGUCGAGAAGCCCAGUGCUGGGAACCCUGAUGAUCCUGCUCCGGAUGGAGGUUUGCAGGCAUGGCUGGUGGUACUGGGCUCGUGGUGCGCAUUAUUUUGCACAUUCGGAUGGAUCAACAUCAUCGGAACAUUCCAGAGCUACUAUGAGGAAUCCCUUUUGAAGCAGUAUUCUGCCAGUACGAUCGCAUGGAUUCCAUCGCUCCAGAUCUUCUUCAUGUUUGCCAUGGGCCCUAUCGUUGGUCGAUUGUACGACAACUUCGGCCCCCGCUGGCUCCUCCUUGGUGGCUCUUUUCUGCAUGUCUUCGGCCUCAUGAUGGCCUCAAUCUCGAAAGAAUACUACCAAGUCCUCCUAUCCCAAGGUGUAUGCAGUGCAAUGGGGGUCUGCGCAAUUUUUCAGCCAUCAAUGAACGUCCUACCAAGCUGGUUUGACAAGAAACGUGGCGCCGCCUAUGGAAUCGUCUCAACGGGAUCGAGUUUGGGCGGCGUGAUCUUUCCAAUCAUGGUCAGUCGCCUAAUCAACGAAGUCGGCUACGGCUGGGCCAUGCGCGCUGCCGCAUUCCUGAUUCUUGCUCUGUUGUCCAUCGCUGUUCUCACGGUGCGAUCCCGCGUCCCUCCUAGAAAGCAGAACAUGGAUAAAGCGAGCCUUGUUCGGCCUUUCACAGAAAUCAAAAUGGUUCUGGUUGUUCUCGGGUUCAUGCUCCUGACUUUUGGAGUUUUCAUUCCUAUCGAUUAUUUGGUUGUGCAAGCUAUGCACGCUGGUAUGGCUUACAGUCUCGCGCAGUACUUGGUUCCCAUGUUGAACGCAGCGAGUCUCUUCGGUCGUAUAACGGCUGGUAUGCUCUCUGACAAAGUCGGUCCCUAUAACAUCUUCGUUACUGUCUGCAUUUUCGCCGGCAUCCUGGUUCUCGGUCUCUGGAUCCCUGCUACUGGCAACGCAGCCAUCAUCGUCUUUGCCUGUCUCUUUGGCUUUGCGUCGGGGGCAUAUGUCUCACUCGCUGCUGCUUUGGUGGUCAAGAUAUCACCAUUCCCUGAGAUCGGUUACCGCACCGGUUUGUUGUUCCUGUUCUCAUCCAUCGGCGGGCUGACGACCAAUCCAAUUGCCGGCGCCAUCUUGGCUCAUGAUAAUGGCUCCUACACGGGCAUGAAAGUAUUUGCUGGAGUUCUGUUGCUUGUGGGUAGCACUUCAGUGAUGGCGACUCGGCUCUACGGGACUGGGCUCAUUUUCAAGGCCAAAUUCUGA